CGCAUUAAUAGUAGGGCAAUCAUUAUCGAGAUGGUUAUAGGGAUACAGCGAAGAAUGCAUAGAAAUUAUUAGUAAAUAAUAUUCACUAACAUGUUAAAUAAACAUUAUUAUUUAAAAAUUGAAUUUAAAAGCUUCCAUUUAAAAACAACAUCAGUAUGUGAUUUUAUAAAUAUAAAAAGUCUUUUAAUUUGAAAGAACUUUUAUGAUGAAGAAACUAUAAGAGAAGUAGUAAAUUUUUUGUCUGAAAUUUUUUGAGGAAAGGGUUGACUUUGAAAGAAAAAAUAUUAGAGCAAGAAAAAAUUAUACAACAAAUUUUAGUUCAAAAAAUUCCAAAAUGUAUCGGACUAAUGAAUUAAAUAAACUCAACAACGAUAUUGAUCAGGAUGAAACAUAUGAAUUUACGGGUGCAACAUUAAAAAUUUCCACUGAUGACACUAAUCAAGAUGUAUCAACGUUACGGUAUCGAAAUAAUACACGUAAAGAUGAUGGAAUAAUGGAAAAAAGCGCAAUUUUAAGUGGUUCUGAUAUUUCGUCACCACCUCCAAUGCUUGAAGAUGAUUAUUAUGAUAGCAUUGGUGCAGAAGAUGAAAAGAAAGAAUCAACACCAUUGAAACCAGAUGCAGCCACUCAAGCCCCUGAAACUUUUUUCGCAUUUCGCAAUGGUCAAUUUCAGAAGACCGUCGAUGAUUGUGUUCAAACACUAUUGAGACCAACUAAUGACACUCAAGUUUUAGGAAGUUGGUUACUUACAGAAGUUAGUCACUGGGAUACUGAAAAAGAGAGAGUUUUCAUUUUAACGUCGAAAUCAUUAUUACAAGUUAAAUAUGAUUUUAUUGCAUUGAAAAUUCUUCAACACAAUAAAGUACGUUUAGAACAAAUUGAUACUGUACUUAAGGGCAAAUUGGCAUAUCCAGUACAAUCAUUAGUACCAAGAAUUGAAGGUAUCACAAAUGGUGUUGCAUCUUUCAUAAGUGGAAGCAUUUUUGGUUUCAAAAAAAAUGCAACCGACCGAAAUUAUAUGGAUACGAGACCAAAUCAACCAAAAACAGCAAUUGCAAAUAGAUUUGAUUUUUCAGGUUUCAGACCAGUAGAAAGAAAAGAUUUUGGUGUUCGAGUGUUAUGGAACCGUGGGCAACCACUGUCACUAUUAAGUUCAUGGAAUCCUUUUGCCGAUGAUAUUCCAUGGGUUACAAUUAAAGAUCAUCCUUUAUAUAAUUCCUUAGAACAAGCGUCUUCACUUCAACCUUCGAGUGAAUUAGACAAAUUACGAAAUAUUUAUUCAGUUGAAUCAUUAUAUAAUAAAUUAAUAGCAGUAUUUUCUGCCUCAAAUCCAGAUAGUGUAAAUUUCAAUUGUUGCUUUGAAGAUUGUCCAAUUUUAAUGGAAAAUUAUGUUGGAAUUGGUGCUGUGAUUCAUAAUAAAAACAAUUUUGGAUUUUUUAAAUGUCGAGGAAAAUUUAGUUUUUAAAAUUCAAAUCAUAUUUUAUAUAAGUACUACAUAUUUUUUAAAAUUAAGUUUUUCAAUUAAAAUUGUUAUCAUAUUAUAUAACAUUUAAAUUAAUAUAUUAAUUUAAUAAGAGGAAACUAUUAAUCGUAUAAUAAUUACAUUAAUAAAUGUUUAAAUUAAAUAUCAAUUUGAACAUUGUAUAUUUAAGCUUGUUAUUUUUAAGAAAUUAUAAUUUUUUAAUUUUAGUAAUGCCCAUCUGAAAAAUUGUAUCAAAUUAGUCUCAUCUAUAUUAAUUUAAUUAUAAGGGGAGCUAAUUCAAUUUUAUUGAUAAAUUUGUGAUCUUCAAAAAAACUUAUGAUGAAAAUGGAAGUGAAUAGAAAUUUGUUAUUCAAUUAAAAAUUAAAUUAAAGUAUAUCAUUCAAGGUACAUUGGUGUUUUCAUUUUCCUAUUUGUCUUUCAUAUAAAAUAGAUAUAUUAAUUAUUAAUAUUAAUAUCAACUUAUUAUAACCACAAAAAACGCUGUAUAAAUUAAACCCAACUCAUACCAAGGCCGGGGAAUAGUGUGUUCAUAAACAUUUCUAACUUAUCAAAAAAUACAUAUUUAAAUUAUCAUGGCUGUCGCAGUUAAAACACCAUACCUGCUUUUAUUUUGUUUUACAUUUUCAAAGUAAAUUAAGCAUAAAAGUGAAUUAAUAUAAAGUAAAGGGUAAGAAAAUAUGAUUUUCAUAUGAUUUAUUAAAAUUUAUUUAUUUAGAGAAUUACUAGGAUGCGAAAAUGAUGAAAUGUAAAACGAAACAUAUGGACAAUAAAAUUUUCGUUCAUAAACACAUACGAGUACUGAAUUCAAAAUAGACGCAAUUUUGUCCGAGCAUCUAUCUUAUUUGAGCAUCUUUCAAAAGUAUAUUACAUAUGUAUCAGAUUAUUAUUUCGCAGUAUUGCAACUAUGAAAAACUCUAAUAUAUUAUUUAAUUUA